CGCAGUUCCAUAAUCUCGCGAUAGCUCCGUGAUCCCAUAUCACGUGACGUGGGCAGAACAUUCACCGCGGCUUCAUUUCGGCGGACGUUUCGUGCGUGUCUGAAACCAUCAGCAUGGAAGUGGUGAAGAUAGAACAGGUCAUUGUUGGGGGUGAGAAGAGAGCCGCCUCAACGGAGGUGAAGCCUGAGCCUGUGGUCGCCCCUCUGCAGUCCUAUCAGCAUGAGAGUCUGCAGUGUUUUCAGUGCUUCAUCACCUUCUGUAACUCCAAAGCCAAGGAGAGACACAUGAGGAAGAGUCACCGGGACCAGUACAAGCAGCUCCUGCAGCAGACUAAUACAGUCUUCAUUUGCUAUAAGUGUGACAAGAGCUUCCAGUAUUCUGAGGAGCUCACCCAGCACCAGGCCACCCACAGCACAGAGGAGAAGCCCUUCGUUUGUGUUUACUGCCAGAAAAACUUCUUUACCUUCAGCGAGCUGAACAAACACAGACGAAAUGAGUGCAUAGAACGACGGUGUCCCUGCCAGGACUGUGGCGCAUUCUUCCCCAGUGCUGCACGCCUUCGCAACCAUCGCAUCGCAGUGCACCCCGAAGCCCCCCUAGUUGCUGAUGACCUCAACACCUACCAAUGCUGCAAAUGUAGUCGUGGUUUCCAGACAGAAGAAGAGCUUCUGCAGCACCAGGAGAGAUUUGCCAAUGAUAUAAACUGUGACGUUAAGCCGCAAGGCAAAAAGCGUGGCCGGAAACCCAAGAACGCAGCUCAAGGAGGGAUGGCUGAGAUGAAGAAGAUCAAACAAGAAGAGGAAGAAGAAUACAAUGACUCUACAACAGAGGGUUGCCCCUCCAGUGAGCUGCAGCCGGAGCUCAAGAUCCCCUGUUCCGAAACAAAUUGUGACCUCAUAUUCCCUUCUGUGACAGCCCUGCGGGCACACAAGAGGGAGGCACACGGGUCUACCCCUCGCAAUGCUCAUGCAUGCACAGAGUGCGAUGAGAGCUACGCUCGGUCUGAGCAGCUCAAAGCACACAUGGCCAAGGAGCACCACUCUGGAUACAACUGCCCCACCUGUGGAAAAUGCUUUGCACGAGAGAGCACCCUAAAGAUCCACCAGAACACCCACACUGAAGGAGAGGAGGCAGCAGAAAAAAGAUAAUAUAAGGGGAAAAGACUGUAACUUCAUCCUGCAUCAUUCAGUGAAAUGAUUGUCAGUGUUUCACAACAUAUUCUGUUUAGUGUAGGAAGAUUUUUAUGUGAAUAUUUUAGGGUCCGAGUUUUUGAAGCAAGGUUAUGCAACACAUGAAUAAUGGAGGUUGUUUCUGGAAUGCCAUUUUUCAAUUGCUUUUAGAAAGACAUCCCACACUUGUGAGUAAUACUCUGUACCGAUCUGUACAUAAUUAUGCUUUAUGUCCACUAUAAGCUCAUGCCACAAGGCCCUUUUUGCUAUCCAUAUUACCUCUAUUGUACCUGGAAUGUUUUUAUUCAUGUAGACUAACUAGCUAAUUCUCCCUCAAGUGUGGGGAUGUUUUGUAUUUUCAGGAUGUACACAUAAGGGUGACAGUUACAUGGAGAAAGUAAGUCUUAAACAUCAUGAAAUCCAAAAUCUGAUAAAUGGGCCAGUGUAUAGGAUUCUGUACUAAGGGACUUUAAUAAUGUAAUCUGCGAGUCUUGUUUUUUUUUUUCUUUCCAAAAGUAAAUAGUUGUUGCAUUAAACAAUACUUAACGUU